AUGAAUAUCGACCUAGACGCUAUUUUGGACACACCCGUCCAGACGUCUCUGUUUGUCGACUGCUUUGACGAUCUGAUGGACAGCUUGUCCAGUGAUUUUCCGCUAAACGGUGAAUUCGACUCCCUGCUAGCGGACCUACACCAGUCUUCGACGGUCCUUACACCGGAACCAUCACCGGAAGAGAACGUUAUUUUGGGGAAAGAUCAUGUAAAUGACACAAAACUGUUAAUAGACCAGAUGAUCGUUGAGGAACAACCCACAACAUCGAACGUCGAAUCAAUCAGAAACUUUGUGCACAUUCCAAGCAGCUACGUCAUCAAUACCGACGGAACCAGCAAGACCUUCGUAGUCCACGAGGUCUACAAGGUUGCGGACAGUAAAAAACGCAAAGCCAACACUCAAGAAUCGCUUCAUGAACUGUCCCAACCAAACCGCAAGCGACCCCGCAAAUCGAACGUCAUCUACAACACGGACUUCCUGUGCGUCCCGUGCCAAAAGACCUUCGGCAAAAAGGGCAGCCUCAAGCAGCACAUCCGGUCGUACCACUCGGAACCGCUGCCCUUCCACUGUGACGUGUGCGGAAAGAACUUUGCCACCGAAGAAUCGCUGGUUCGGCACGUGGUCAACCACGACCAGCGGAACAAAAAGUUCCAGUGUUCCGAGUGCGACAAGCGGUACGUUCACUCGAAGGACCGCGACCGGCACUUUCAGACGCACCACGGAGUUCCGGCGCACACUUGUGGACAGUGCGGUAUGGCGUUCGCACGGAGGGAUCACCUGUUGGCGCACGAGAUGACCCACGAAAGGAGGCAAAGCAGGGAGGUGUUACUGGUGGGUUCAAGAAAGGUGCAGGAGAGUGUUUGA